AUGAUCUGGAAGAGUGUCUUUCUGCUGAGCCUAUUGAGCUCACUGAAUUUCGCGGCUGCUUCUCCAAAGAAGCACCAAAAGGAUGCAACAACGACCCUUGACCCGUCACCGUCAUCUUCGGAUGUAUCCAAUUCGUCCACUACAGCGCCGCCACUUCAGAGUUUCAAUAACUCCAUGCCACAUACACCCUUUACAGAGUCUCCGACUACCACAGGUGCGCUGACAGCUUCUUCUAUCGGAACGGGUAUAUCUCACGGAGGUGUUGCAGCCGGGGCGACAACAUAUCCCGCAGAUGGAAAGCUUUACCAUAGCGAGCCUGCUCCACAUGUCCCAGCAGGUGGUCUCGGGACCAACGGAAGCACGCCCGUAUACAAUACGAAGAGCGAUUUCGACUACGAGUCUUUAGUAUGCAUCCCACUAAAUUGGCGAACCAGCGCUGUGAACCAGAAGCUAACCUACCACCAGGCCCUUGCCCUAUACCAGGAAUGGAUUGAGCUUGAUCUGUUCCAAGACGGACUCAGACGAUUCAACGAUUCAGCGUUCCAAGCUGCCGGUAUGACUGCUGCAGACCGCGAGUUGAUCGCGUUCAUGGCCGAGCAAGAGACAGGCCACGCCACUAUGCUCAGCAACAUCCUCGGAGCCCGUGCUCCGCAGAAAUGCAGCUAUAUCUACCCGUACACUAAUGUCAAGGAGUUUGUCGACUUCUGUCAGAAACUCACUCGGUGGGGUGAAUCCAGCGUGUAUGGGUUUUUGCCUCAUCUUGACUCUCGCGAGGCGGCCAAUCUUUUGACUCAGGCCAUCACCACCGAGGCACGACAGCAAAUGAUCUUCCGCCAGUUCGAGGGUCUCUUCCCGAUGGUUGAGUGGUUUGAAGCCGCCAUACCGCAGUCCUGGGGUUGGACGCUGCUGGCACCUUUCAUCAGCUCUUGUCCUGAAAAUCAGACUCGCUUGGUUUGGCAAAAUUUCCCGGCGCUGAUGGUGGUCAAUCAGCCCGAUCCGUGGAUUUGGGGGAUUUCGAGCAACUUUUCCUCCGCAAAUAACGUAACAAGCGGGUAUAAUGCUACUGGGUAUAAUGCCACCGGGCAUACUGCUAUUACGCAUAAUUCUGCUGGGUAUAAUUCUACGGGGUUCAAUUUUACUUCGAGCGAGGAUCAGAUUUCAAGACUCAACACGACUUCCGGGUUCAACCAGACUGCGGGACUCGGCUUCAAUCAGACCACCGGAAACAACAAUACUGUCGGGCCAGGCGUCAGCAUCCCCAAGUCAAUCAAAGGUACCGGGAAGUUCAACUCGUCUACAUCAGCUAAUGGGUGCGGCGCCUCUGUUAGCAAGGUUCGCCCAUUACCACUCACAGCCCCGGGUCGGACGGUGCUGUUGCAGUGGGAUCUUCCUGGGAAGAAAAUUGGUCCCAACAACAGCUACAUCACCACAACAGAGACGAAACCUGGUAGCGCAAAAUACGUCCUUUGGGUGUCGCAGCUGAACGCUACAUAUACCCCGCUACACGUUAUCAAUGGCACCAACGGUACCAGCAUCACCAACAGCACCAGCAGUAUCAACGGUAGCAACGGUACCAACAGCACCGUUGAUGGCAUUCGAGGAUAUACUACCCAGCCCAACUUGGAGACGUACCAAGGUAACCCAGCUUUCAAUGGUACCAUUUUCAUUGCUAUCACAGACAGCGACCCGUACGUGAGCCCGUUCAAUCUGAGCUUGAUUAACCCACAUGUGGUUGCCGGUCCAGCUUUGUACCAGGCUGGUUGA